CAUUUCCCACCUUUCUUUUCUAAUUUUCCUUUCUCUUUUUUUUUUUUUUUGUUAUCUUUUUGUUUUUCAUUUUUUUGUGUAUAUAUAAUUGGGAGUCUUCGUGUUCAGAUCUUAGCUCCAUGGGAUCAAGCAUGAGGGUACACCAGUUGGCACGAGGAUUCUGGGAGCACGAACCCUCCCUCAGCCUUGGCUGCACCAAGCGUCUCCGCCCUCUUGCCCCCAAGCUGGUCGGCGGCGACACCGCCGACAGUGCCACCGCCGCUUUUGACCUCAAGAGCUUCAUUAGGCCGGAGAGCGGACCCAGAAAAGUUGGAUCCUCCGAAGACAAGAAAGAAGCACCCACUCAGGUGGAGACGCAUCCAGGCGGAACGAGGUGGAAUCCUACGCAAGAACAAAUAGGGAUAUUAGAGAUGCUGUACAGGGGCGGAAUGAGAACUCCUAAUGCCCAACAGAUAGAGGAAAUCACAGCCCAACUCAGUAAAUACGGCAAGAUCGAAGGCAAAAAUGUGUUCUACUGGUUCCAGAACCACAAAGCCCGGGAGAGACAGAAGCAGAAGCGCAACAGCCUCAGCAGCAGCCACUCUCCCAGGUCUCCGGCCACUGCCGCCGCCGUCACAUUGGACCCUACUGUACAAAUGGCGGAUAAAACUCAAGGAAGAGGGGAGGACAGUCCAUACAAGAGGAAGUGCAGGAGUUGGGGCGCGUUUGGAGGCAUGGAAUUAGAAGAGGAGAAGAGGGUUUGUAGAGAGGAAGGAGACAAGACUCUGCAGCUUUUCCCAUUGCAUCCGGAGGGCAGGUGAAGCUGGGCCUGGACUUAUACUUUGGAUUAAUUAAUAUUCAACAGUGUCUGCCGGCUUGCUGCUGAUCGUCUUUGUCAUCAUCAUCAUCGUUUGCUUUGCAUGCUGCUGCUAUCUCCAUCUCUCUGUAGUAGUUUUUUUUCUUUCUCUAAUCUUCAUCAUCGAUCUUCUGGGAAAUUAAGAAGAGAAGAAAGACAUAAAGUUGAAUAUCUGACUGUAGGCUUGUUAAUCGUGUCUUCCCUAGCUCAUUUUCUCCCGACGUUUUUGACUUGGAAGAAGCAGUAGGCAUCUCAAAUCAAAGCUUGCUUUUAGGUUAAAAGUAUUGAGGCUGAGAGGACACUGAAGUCCAAGCACGCACCUACUUCACCCACCUAUCUCCUCGCCGCUAGCCACUGGCCACUAGCAACAUAUUAUUUAGUUUGAAAAUUCAAAAUAUGGGCUAAGGUCAGCUUUUUUCG